CGCUCCAGGGCCAGGCAUGGGGGUGAGCGGGGGGCCGGGAGGCGGGGGCGCCUUCUUUCCCGAGCGGCUGCGGUUGCCCAUCUGCUGUCUGGGCGUCUUCGUCUGCUACUUCUGGUACGGAGUCCUGCAAGAGACAAUUACAAGAGGCAAAUAUGGGGAAGGAGAAAAGCAGGAGAAGUUCAGAUACGCUCUGUCUUUGGUCUUUAUUCAAUGCGUGAUCAAUGCUAUUUUUGCCAGACUGUUGAUCCAGUUUUUUGAUACUGUCAAGGUGGACCGGACACAGAACUGGCUCUAUGCAGCUUGCUCCCUCUCCUACCUGGGGGCCAUGGUCUCCAGCAACUCAGCUCUGCAGUUUGUCAACUACCCAACUCAGGUCCUUGGGAAAUCCUGUAAGCCCAUCCCUGUCAUGCUCCUGGGGGUGACGGUGCUGAGGAAGAAGUACCCAUUGUCCAAAUACCUGUGUGUCUUGCUGAUCGUCACAGGCGUGGCCCUUUUCAUGUACAAGCCAAAAAAGGGAGAAGGCAGUGACCACGUCUUUGGGUACGGGGAGCUCCUACUGUUGCUGUCUUUGACCCUGGAUGGACUGACCGGAGUGUCUCAAGACCACAUGAGAGCGCACUACCAGACUGGCGCCAAUCACAUGAUGCUGAAUGUUAAUCUGUGGUCCACUUUGUUCCUGGGAGCCGGUAUCUUGUUUACAGGAGAGCUUUGGGACUUCUUGAGUUUCACCGAACGGUACCCCAGCAUCAUCUACAACAUCCUUCUCUUUGGCCUAACAAGUGCUCUGGGCCAGAGUUUCAUCUUUAUGACUGUGGUGUACUUUGGGCCUCUGACCUGCUCCAUCGUCACCACGACCCGCAAGUUCUUCACCAUUUUGGCGUCGGUCAUCUUGUUUGCCAACCCUAUCACCAACUUGCAGUGGGUGGGCACCAUCCUAGUAUUUCUCGGACUUGGACUGGAUGCCAAAUUUGGGAAAACAUCCAAGAAAACCUCACAUUAAGAAGACUUUGGGCGAUUCUCUUGAAAACCUCAAGCUUAACAAACUGUUAACUUAUCGUCUUACUCCCCGGCACCUGUUACCAGAAUGGACUGUGGAGGAGUGCUUGGGGAAAGGGGAUGGGGUUUCAGUGGGG